GUAACAGAGAAUCCAACAUGUCGGCGUCCUUGUUUGGCAUGAAUCUGCUGGAUGACAUCGGGUUAUUUUGGUUUUGUUUGUGCCUUUAACGAACCAGUAAGCAGUGUUGCAUUUAGACAGACUGUCAUUAUUGUUCUUUGUUAAUGUAAAACACAAAGAACGAAGCAUGUCGGGGUCAAAUGUAUGGAGCCGCAGCCGGGAGAGAUUGAGAGUUUUCCCUGAGCUUUUAGCUCAGUGCGCAGAUGAGGCUGCAGUUUAUGGGAAGUGUGUUGCAGCUACAACAACAGGCAACCAGGAGCUGAAGAAGGACCUGUGUGCUAAAGAGUUUGAAGCCCUAAAGACCUGCUUCACCAAUGCAGCCAGGAAGAAAAGAAGAUGAGUGGCAAACAUCUGGGUUUGGUUGGCUUAUCUGUGGCAGAAAACGGAUGUAAAAAUGAUGUUGGAAAUGUUUCUGAGUCAAGCUGUAAUGCUCUGUGCAUCUCUGUAACAAAGACAAUAAAUUAUUUGAUCAAUUUUAUAUUUGA